UUGAUACAUGCAACAAAGAAGUUGGCCGCCUUACAAAAAACCCGCCAAAUCUAUAAUUUAUAUUUUUAUUUAGUUUUUAAUGCUAAUUAAGAUUUUAAUGGCAAAGUCGUAAACGUCGAGAUUUAAUUGAUUCUCCCCAGUGCGUGGAACUCUUCACCGGCAUCGCCAUGUGGUGGUGGUGUCUGGUUACCUUUUUCCCUUUGCUUUUCCAUCAUGCUAAUGCGGAAAUUCUUACGCCACCGUACUUCAAUUUAGCUGAAGGCAAAGAAAUCAUCGCAUCUGCAACAUGCGGUGUGAACACUACAGGACCAGAACUCUAUUGCAAGUUAGUCGGCGCGAAUGCUGAUCAGGACGAAAAUAUUAAUCUUAUUCAAGGCCAGGUUUGUGAUUAUUGUGACCCAAAUGUGCCCGAAAAAAGUCACCCUCCAGAGCUUGCAGUUGAUGGUAUGGAAACUUGGUGGCAGUCACCGCCACUUUCCAGGGGGAUGAAAUACAACGAGGUGAACCUGACCAUCAAUCUCGGACAGGAAUUCCAUGUGGCAUAUGUCUACGUUCGGAUGGGAAAUUCACCUCGACCAGGUGUUUGGGUUUUGGAAAAAUCAAAAGAUUAUGGAAAAACGUGGUCGCCUUGGCAAUACUUUUCGGAUUCUGAGAGCGAUUGCGUCACUUAUUUUGGUGUUGAUAGUCACACUCCCAUUACAAGAGACGACAGUGUAAUUUGCACGACUGAAUAUUCAAAAAUUGUCCCACUCGAAGGAGGAGAGAUUCCAAUUUCGAUUUUGAAUAAUAGACCUUCUGCUAAACACUAUUUCAAUUCAACUUUACUUCAAGAAUGGACGAGAGCCACCAAUGUGCGAUUCCGGUUCCUGAGAACCAAGAAUUUGCUUGGGCAUCUUAUGUCUGUUGCUCGGCAAGAUCCAACCGUCACUAGAAGGUAUUUUUAUUCGAUCAAAGACAUCAGUAUUGGUGGAAGAUGUAUGUGUAAUGGACAUGCUGAUACUUGCGAUAUCCAGGAUCCAAAUAUGCCCAAGAAAUUGGUCUGCAGGUGUCAACAUAACACUUGUGGAGCCCAAUGUGCAAGUUGUUGUAAAGGUUUUGCACAGAAGAAAUGGAGACAGUCAACUGGGCUCUCGAAAUUCGUUUGUGAACCUUGUAACUGUUUCGGCCACACGGACGAGUGUGAUUACGAUUCUGAAAUUGACGAGAAGCAUUUAUCUCUGGACAUCCAUGGCAACUACGAAGGUGGUGGAGUUUGUAAAAAUUGUAGGCACAACACUGAAGGUAUCAAUUGUAAUCGUUGUAAGGAGAAAUUCUACAGACCAGCAAACAAAUCUUGGAAUAACACUGACGUGUGUCAACCUUGUGACUGCAACGACAUCUUCUUCACUGGAAACUGUGCUGAAUCGACUGGAAAAUGCGAAUGUAAAGCUGAAUAUCAAUCGCCUAAUUGUGAUGCUUGUAGUUAUGGAUACUUUGGUUAUCCAAAUUGUAGACCUUGUGAAUGUCAUCUGAAAGGAACUGAGGGUUACCAUUGUGAAGCAAUCGAAGGCUCUUGUCCUUGUAAAAACAAUUAUGCUGGUCACUAUUGUAAUCUUUGUGCUGAAGAAUAUUAUAAUUUCCCAGAAUGUUUAGCCUGCAACUGUAAUCCUUUGGGCUCUCUCAGCAAAGUUUGUGAUCCCUUCUCCGGAAAUUGCACAUGCAAUAACAACUAUGGUGGAAGAACUUGUGAUAUUUGCGAAGAUGGCUACUACAACUAUCCCUCAUGUACCUAUUGUAACUGCGACAAUCGUGGAACUGAACCAGGAGUUUGCGACAAAACUGAUGGAAGCUGCCUAUGUAAGGAAGGUUAUGGUGGAGAAAGGUGUGACCGUUGUAUCACUGGCUACUAUGGAUAUCCAAAUUGCAAACCUUGCAAUUGUAGCACCAUUGGUUCAUCAUCUAUGAGUUGUGAUGGCACUGGAAAAUGCUCUUGCCUUGCGAACUUUGCCGGAAAGACUUGUGAUCAGUGUAGUCCGGGAUAUUAUCAAUACCCUGAUUGCAUACAUUGUGGUUGCGACAGUCACGGAUCCAUUGGUGUCUCUUGUGACAGGGAAGGCAAAUGUCAGUGCAAUGAAAACUUUGAUGGUCCCCAGUGUAAUCAGUGUAAAGAAGGAUUCUACAACUUCCCAACAUGCGAGGGUUGUAAUUGUGACCCUGCUGGUAUCGUCGAAACCUUCAAAGGCUGUGGAUCUUUACCAGCUGGUGAGCUGUGUCAGUGCAAAGAACGUGUCGAAGGAAGAAUUUGCAACCAGUGCAAACCGCUCUUCUGGAAUUUACAGCCCAGCAAUCCAGACGGUUGCGAAAAUUGUGAAUGCAACAUCCCUGGUGUUAUUGGAAACAUCGGAGAAUGUGAUUCAAAAACAGGACAGUGUAUUUGCAAACCUCGCGUCACCGAGAGAAGUUGUUCAAGAUGUAUUGAUGGCACCUACAAUCUGCAAGAAAUGAAUCUCUUUGGAUGCUCUGAUUGUGCUUGUGACAUCGGUGGUUCUAUCAGUUCCAUCUGUGACAAAGAAACAGGCCAGUGUCCUUGCCAAGCUAGAGUAACAGGCCUGACUUGCAAAGAGCCACUGAAGACUCACUACUUCCCCACUUUGCAUCAGUUCCAAUACGAAGCUGAAAAUGGAGCAACACCCUCCAGCAGCCCAGUUCGUUACGGAUUUUCUGAGGAAGUAUUCCCCGGAUACAGCUGGAAAGGAUACGCCGUUUUUAGCCAGAUACAAGAUGAGAUCAUUCACUACAUUCACAUUCACAAAUCCUCUCUAUACCGCAUGGUUCUUCGAUACAUCAAUCCUAAUAACGAAGCUAUCCUCGGAAAGAUCACCAUCACUCCGGACAAUCCAUCAGAGAUCGAGCAGGAAUUCCUGGUGCAACUAAAACCAACAACGAAUCCAUCUUUCGUAACAGUCGCAGGACCUCAAGGCCUAUUCCCAUCGUCAAUGGUCAUGGACCCUGGACAGUGGACCAUCAGAAUUUCAACCAAGAAGAGUCUCUUUCUUGAUUAUUUCGUUCUUCUUCCUCAAGAGUACUACGAAGCUACCAUCUUGACCCAAGACGUCAACAUCCCUUGUGAAAUUGGAAACAAAGGUCUCUGCCGGCACUAUGGUUAUCCAAACACGACUCUCUUUAAUUCGGUUCGUGGAGCUGGUGGAUUCGUCAGUAAGGACGAUGUUAGGAAUCCAAUUUCUGAAUUUCUGACUGACAGAGAAACUCUAGAAGAAAUUGGACAAGAUAAUCUUCCUUUGAUCAACAAUAACCAAAACGAGCUUCACUUCGAGUUGACGAUUACGAAGCCUGGUCCUCAUGUCUUGAUUAUUACUUAUGUCACCACUUGGGAUGAAGAUCUAACCUCUACUAUUUUUAUUGACGCUAAUACAGACCGUAAAGGAAAAGCAAUUCUCAACCCUUGCAAAUAUACCAGUAUCUGUCGACAAGUUGUCACUGAUUCCUCUGGAAAAGUAUCAGUGAUGCACUUUCCUUCGAAUUACGUUCCUCUCGUUCUUACUGGAGAACCAAAUUCUAACGUAGCUGUUGAAUCCAUUGUUGCAAUUCCUUAUAAGGAAUGGUCUCUCGAUUACAUCAAGCCCAAAUCCGCCUGUGUCCGAAAGAAUGGAAAGUGCGUUCAAGGAAGCUUCCCUGGCGCAGCAGACGCGAAGAAAAUCGAAUUCGAGACAGAGCAAAACCCUGGAUCUACUCCUUCAGGAAUCUUCGAUAAAAAUUCGAAGCUCAUCUACCUUUAUGGGGACAACGCCAUGGCUGAUAUUCAUGCAAAGGUUCCAUACCCUGGUCAUUACAUCUUCGUUGUCCAGUACUACCAACCCGAUUAUCCAGAAUUUGAACUGGGAGUUCUCGUCCAGAAUGGAAGGUACUAUGAAGCCAAUGUCCCGGUUUCUCACUGUCCAAGUAGCAGUGGUUGCAGAAGCAUCAUUCGUCAAAACGAUGGAGAAACUAGGUUCCUCCUGGAGGAAAAUGUCUCGAUCAAUUUUAACGAAGGUACCGGAAAAGGCAUCUGGCUGGACUACAUCCUUGUCAUCCCAGCGGAUCAGUACAAUGAAAACAUUCUUCAGAAGUUGCAGUUUGAUCAAACAAAGGAAUUUAUCAAGAAAUGUGGAAACAAUCACUUCUACGUGAAUGUUACCGAAGAAGGACUUUGUCGGGAUGCCAUUUUCUCUCUAACAACCCACUACAACAACCGAGCAUUGCCUUGCAAUUGUGAUAUCGAUGGUACCACUAGUUUCGAGUGUGAGAAGUUCGGGGGACAAUGUCUUUGCAAACCCAACAUUAUUGGCAGACGUUGUGAAAUUUGUAAGACUGGGUUUUAUGGUUUCCCCGACUGCAAACCUUGCAACUGUCCCAGCACAGCGAUUUGUGAACCAGAGAGGGGAGAGUGUAUCUGUCCUUCCAAGGUUACUGGAGAGAAAUGUGACCAGUGUGAAAUUGGAACCUACGGAUACCAUCCGAUCAUUGGAUGCGAAGAAUGCAACUGUUCGCCUCAGGGCGUCCUUAAUGGAGAUUUGCAGUGUGAUCUUCUGAAUGGAAGCUGUAGUUGCAAAGAAAACGUUGUUGGAAGACAAUGUGAUAAAUGUGUAGCCGGAUUUUCCCAGUUUCCACAUUGUGAGAAAUGCGACUGUGACAUCAGAGGAACGACUGAAGAUAUUUGUGAUCAAUACAGUGCAGAGUGUCAUUGUAAGGGAAAUGUUCAGGGAUCGGCUUGUGAUGUUUGUAAGGAAGGAUCCUUUGAUCUUCAGGCUGGAAACGAGGAAGGAUGUAGCAAAUGUUUCUGCUUUGGGAAAACAACUAGAUGUGUCUCUUCAAACCUAUACAGGACUUAUACGAUGGAUAUGGAGAACUGGGGAACAUCUUUGGUGAACGAGAAGAAUGGCAGUGUGACUCUCUUGAAUUCUUUGACACAGAGCGUCAACGAAUCGACGACUCUUCUUGAUUUUUCAAAGAAUGAAACAGCAGAAACAACGGUCUACUUUGCGGCGCCUGAAACCUACUUGGGAAAGAAACUGACUUCUUAUGGCGGAUGGCUGAAUUAUACGAUUUUGUAUACAACUGGACCAUUUGGAAGCGCUAUAGAUGGACAAGAUGUAAUUUUACAUGGCGGAGAUAUCUUGCUGUUUUACUCUUCUGAAGAGAUACCAUCUCAAUUUAACGAGUUCAGAGCAUCUGUGGAACUAGUAGAGAAGAAUUUCUUGACUCUGAACAAACUAAAGGCUACAAGGGAACAGCUUCUGGUGGUUUUGCAAAAUCUGCAAGGAAUUUAUAUAAGGGCUACUUAUUGGGAUCCAAGUCUUACGGCUGUGUUGUCAUAUGUGACACUAGAUACAACGACUACUACUUAUACACACAACAGUGUUUUGGCUAGUGGUGUUGAACAAUGUCAGUGUCCUCGAAAUUAUCAGGGAUUGUCUUGUGAGGAAUGUGCACCUGGAUAUUAUCGAGUUUCAUCAGGACCUCACGGAGGAUACUGUGUUGAGUGUCAGUGUCAUGGACAUUCUGAUACUUGUGAUGUGGAUACUGGAGUUUGCUAUGACUGCAAAAAUGGAACAACCGGGGACCACUGUGAAUUGUGUGAACAAGGCUACUAUGGAAACGCAACAAUCGGGUCGCCAUCAGAUUGUUUAAUCUGUGCCUGUCCUUUGCCAGUUCCCAGCAACAAUUUUGCAACCGGUUGUCAAGUUAAUGAAGAUGGAAACAAAAUUAGCUGCGACUGUCUUCCAGGAUACUAUGGAGCUCUUUGUGAAGCUUGUGCUGCUGGUUACUAUGGUAAACCAGAGGUCUACAAUGAUUAUUGCAAACCUUGCAACUGUUCUGGAAAUAUCGACACCAACGAAAUUGGAUCCUGUGAUUCAGUUAGCGGAGAAUGUAGACACUGUUUGAACAAUACCUAUGGACAGGCUUGCAGUCUCUGUGCGCCAGGAUUCUUUGGUGAUGCUGUUGAAAGGAAAGAUUGUCAAACUUGUAUCUGUGACGCGUGUGGUAUGGAUCAAUGCGACAGCUACAACGGCAUUUGCGAAUGCAAGGAAAAUGUUAUUGGUGAGAAGUGCGAUCGUUGUGCUGAAGAUCAUUAUGGCUUUGAUUCCUGUGAUGGAUGCAAGGCCUGCGAUUGUGGAGCAGCUUCCGAAAGCUCCCAAUGCGAUAUGACCACCGGACAAUGUCGCUGUAAGCCUGGAGUGACGGGAAGAAAAUGUGAUAAAUGUAUUAAUGGAUACUGGAACUAUGGGCCUGAGGGCUGUACUUCUUGCGGAUGUAAUACUGGAUAUUCUGUUGGUGUAUCUUGUAACACCUCAAACGGACAAUGUACGUGUCUGCCUGGUGUAAUUGGAGAAAAGUGUGAUCAUUGUCCAUAUCGAUGGGUCCUAAUCGAAAAUGAUGGUUGCUACCAAUGUGACUCUUGUACUGAUGAUCUUUUGGACGACGCUGAUAGACUUAUUGAGACCCUGAGUCCAGUUGCCGACAAAUUUAACACCGUUGCUGAAAGUUACUUUACCAACCAGCGACUCAAAUUCUUCAACGAUACAGUUAAUGAACUAUAUCCGGAAGUGAAAAUCCUAAAUCCAAGACGCAUCGACUUUGUGCCACUCCAGCAAGAAAUUGCUCGAUUGGACCAAGAUGUCACAGGUCAAAAACGCAAAGUUGAUUACAUAGCUAAGGCUGGAAAUCAAUGGAAGAAAAAGGCUGAAAAUACUUUGCAGGGAAUGAAUGAUUUGGAAGAGAAUGUUAAAGUAGAAAUCAAUUUGGUUAAUAACAUUGUAGCUGAAAUCCAAUCACUAGCUUUGAAUAUCCACGAUGGUGCAGGAGCCCAGGUUGAACAGGCCCUUCAAGUUGCAGAAGAUAUUUUAAAGAAGAUGAAGGGAGUCUCGUUCCAGGACUUUAGGGAUAAAGCAACUGAUAAACAAUUCGAGGCUACCAUUUUGAUAUCUGAGAUGAUUGAAUACACAUCUCCUGUGAAGAAUCUCACGUCGGAAAUUUCAAGUCUGGAUAAUGGAAUUAAGAAUUUGAGCAUGAAGAUUGAUGAUCUUCAUUAUAUCACUAAUGAAGCUGAGGAUCUAGUGAGACAAGCUGCGAAAUUGAAUGAAGAAAAUCGAAGAGCUGCUGAGGCCGGAAAUAUUGAUACCGUGAAAAUGUUUGCUGAGGAGACAAAUGAAGAUAUUUUGGCUGGAAGGAAACUUAAUCAGAAUGCUAGUGAAGCUUUAAAGCAGGCAGGUCCUGCAUUUGAGCAUUUAGCUGAAGAAAAUGAAAAAAUAGCAGCACAAAUAAUAAAACUCAAUGAGAUAUCUGAAGGAAACGAUAAUGAAAUGCCCGUCAUUCUUGAUCUGAUAGCAUCAGCAAAAAAUAAUGCGGAUAAUCUUUAUCAAGAUUCUCUCGCUUUGGAUGAUGUAUUGGCAGACACUAGAAAUACAGAUGCUGUUAGAGCUGUAAGUGCUUAUAAAGACAUCGUAAAUGCAAUUAACGAUGCAAGGGAUUCCGCUUCAGAAGCUAUAAAAGCGGCCAACCAAGCCUCAAGUCAGUCAAGUGGAAUAGAUGAGAGUGCCCAGAACUCUUUGAAUCGAAGUAUUAAUUUAUUGAAAGCAGCUACGGAAUCAGCUGAAAAAACAGAUGGUCAACUACGUCAAGAUUUGCUUGAUGCACAAGCUCGUGCUCAGGGAGCAGAAAAACUAAAUACGGAUAAUAAGAAUGACCUCGAUGGCAUUACUGAAUCCCUUAAAAAAAUUCCAUCCCUGGGGUCCCUUCUCGUGGUCCCAGCAGCAAUGAAUAUUGCUGACAAAGUAGAAUACACAAUCAAGCAAGCUCUCAACAAUAUGAACAAUACUGUUCACACACUUCCAAAUGAUUUGAAAACUGCAAAACAGCUUUCCAAAGAUAUUACAGAUUCCCUUCACGAAGUCACUGAAGCCAAUUCAAACUUAGACUCAGUUGACAAAGUAAUUCCAAAUAUGAAAAAUCUCCUCAAUGAAUUGAAUCAAAGACAAAUUUCAGUUAAUGAAACUGGAAAUAAUUUGUAUGAAAAAAUAGAGAUGUUGAAGAGGAAAAUUACUAAUGCUAGAGAAUUGGCUGAUAGAUUCAAGACUGGCUUGAAAUUCUUUAAAAAUACUACUUUGGAAUUAAAGAAUCCUGAGAGUCUUCCUUUAUUGGCAACGUCGACUAAAGUCUCUUUGUACUUUAAAACGAACACCUUGAAUGGGCUUUUGAUGUAUCUUGGAAAUGAAGUAAAGUCUAAAGACCCUCGUAGCAAAUCUCACGACUACAUGGCACUGACGAUAGAGAACGGAUACCCAGUUUUGCUAAUGGAUCUUGGUUCCGGGACAACGAAGAUUGUGAAUAACAAUAGAACCGUUUCUGACAACGUCUGGCGUCAAAUAAUCGUUGAUCGAACUGGCAAAAACGUGAAGCUGAUUCUCCGCGAGGAGGUUGAUGAAGAAAAGGAUAGAACUUUCGUUACAGAACAAGUGCUACCAGGAGCGAAGACAGUUUUCAAUUUAGAUCUGAAGCAAUCAAAACUCUUCGUAGGUGGCUAUCCUCCAUCCUUCCAGAUUCAGGGCGACGUGACAGUUAACGUCUUUGAAGGAGAGAUGGAAGAACUUGUAAUAGGAGAUAUUCCAGUGUCAUUCUGGAACUUUAUCGAUGCAGAAAAUAAUAUGCAAGGUGCAUACGGGCGAGACAAAUUAAAAACUUAUAAAUCAAGCACUGGGUAUCGAUUUGAUAGCAAAGGCUAUGCCAUCAUCAGCAAGAAAAUAUCUCUUCUGUCAAUAGCGAAUACGGAAUUCUUGAUUAAGCUGAAAUUCAAGACAUUAGAGAAGAAUGGGCUAAUGUACCUUAUGGGUAAUAAUAAUACGCAUUUCUUGUCUUUGGAGAUGAGAAACGGUCAAGUUCUUUACCAGUUCUACCUUGGAGGAGAGACGGUAGAAAUUCGCUCUUCUACAGCUUACAACGAUGGUAAAUGGCAUACGUUGGAGGCACUUCGCUACUACCAACAAGGAAAGUUGAAAAUCGAUAACAAGGAUGUUGGCCUAUAUAAUGGAUCGGAUGAUUUCAAGUCUUUGAAAUCUGUCGAUCAUCUGUACUUUGGAGGACAUCCGCCAAAUCAGCCUCAUCAGUACCCAAGCGUUACUCAGAAAGGGUUUGAAGGUUGCAUCGAUGACGUACAGAUAGGUGAAAUUCCAGUUCCUCUCAGUACAAAUGUCCAGGCUUUUGGAGUUGUUUCUGGAUGUCCCGUUAAGUUUGAAGGCUUAGUUUCCAUGGAAAAAGGCAUACCAGGUUACGUCAAGGUGCCCACUGUAACCAUUCCUGAGACUCUUCAAAUCAUUCUCAAGUUCAGAACUCUUACGAGCAACGGUUUAAUUUUUGCUGUAGUGAACGAAACGAAUGUCAACUUUGUUCCCAUGAGCCUGUCUCUUAGAGAUGGUAUUCUUACACUUGAAAGUAGAGGCGACGUCGUCAGUACGAGUAAAGUUGGUACCAGAUUCAAUGAUAACGAGUGGCAUUUUGUAACAGCCACUGACAAUGAAACACAUCUCGUUUUGGACAUAGAUGAUACUGAAAGUUAUAGUGCAGAACACAGCAAUUCUAAGGGUUCUCCAAUGAAUAUGAAUUCAGCGAACAUCUACGUUGGAGGAAUUCCAGAUAAAAUGACGAUUGGAAGACCUGUGGAGCCCUUCGCUGGUUGUAUUGGUGAUGCUAUUGUAAAUAGGGUCAACAUCAACUUUGCAAACACAACUGAUAGACCUAACACUAUUCUUGGAAAAUGCAGAGGUGGUGAGCAAACUGGAACAAAGGUUCCAGAAGAGAUCUGGCCUCCACCUCCUUCUCCGAUUGACACCGAAAACUACACAGAUGUAACACAAAGCAAUGUGGUGGGUAUUGAUCCUGAAAAUGUUGAAGCUGAAACAGCUACAGAAUCACCAAUAGAAGGUCUUGGUAGAGAACCAAUAGAUAGUGAAGAACCCAACGAAAUUGAUAUUGAUGAAGAGAUUACAACAACCACUAUUUCUACAAGUACUGUCGUCACCACACCAUAUGUUCCCUACCAUGUGGACAAAUGUGCAUUACCUUUUGAACCGGCCAGGGACCCUGACAUUGCCGAAGGAUGGAGAUUCGGUACUCAGAAAGGCAGCAGGAGAGAAUACAGUUCUAUCAACGGCCGAUACCGGGAUGAUUUCGACUUCCAAAUUAGUUUCAAAACUAUGUCAGAUGAGGGAUUAAUUUUCUAUGCUGCUGGCCAAAAUAAUGAUGAUCUGAUUGCUCUUUAUGUUCAAAAUGGAAAGCUUCACUUUAAAUUUGACUGUGGUAGUGGACCAGCACUAAUAGUCGAUGACUCAAUUAAAGUUAAUGACAAUCAGUUGCAUACAGUUACUUUCAAAAGAAAAUAUAACAGAGGCGAACUCAUCCUUGAUGAAAAUCCACCUGUAUUCGGUAUUUCCGUUGGACCAAGUACACAAGUGGAUGUGAAUCCUCCAUUCUACUUAGGAGGUGUAUCGCCAGAGAAAUCGCCGCGAGUCUUGAAAACACUUGGGUUCGACAAAUCAUUUGAUGGCUGCUUGAGUAACUUUAUGGUAAAUACCAAUGACGUAACCACACCUGCCGAAGACGUUGGACUCAUUCCUUGCUCAAAGAAAAUUGAGCCUGGAAUAUUCUUCUAUCCUUCCACGAACGGCAGCAAUUACUUUAAACCGAUUGAAGGAUUUUCAGUGGGCAAGACCAUGGAUAUCCAAAUCGACAUAAAACCACGUUCAUCAAGUGGACAUUUGUUAUCAGUUCACGGAAAACGAGACUUCCUUAUUCUGGAAAUGAUUAAUGGAACCAUCAGAUUUAUGAUAAAGUCUAAUAAGGGCCAGGCGGCGAUUGAAACUUCGUUCAAGCCGCCAGAAUCGUAUUCACUCUGCGAUGGAAACUGGCACAAUAUUCGAGCCAUCAAACAGAAGAAUGUCCUUCUUCUAUCAGUGGAUCAUAAAGCCACUUCGCCAGGAAUCGGAGUGAAAAAUUCUGCUGUAGUCAACACUAAGAGUCCCAUUUAUAUUGGUGGUCAUGUGAGACUUCAAGUGCCUUUACGAGGGAGUACAGCACAGUCCCAAUACGUCGGAUGCAUGAACAACAUUAUGAUUGACAAUAAACCAAUUGCAUUCGAUCCAAGUCAGACCUUUGGCAAAGUCACGACAAAUGUGUGUCCGACCAUUUAAGUGGAAGAGAGAAAUUGUCAUUGAGGAGAGUAAUUCAACAUUAUCAAUCCAAAGAUUUUAAAAGCGUUAAUUUGUACUGUAUGAACGAAGAAGUGUCUUAAGGAAAUAAAUUUAUUGGAAUUUUU